AUGAGCGCUUCAUUCCCCCGCCAAGGACAGCGACUUUUCCAUCUUCUCCACCAAAGCCCCGCCGUCUUCUCCUUCCAAAACCUCCUUCAAAUCCAGGCCCAGCUCACCACCACCGGCCUCCUCCACUCAGACCCCUCAUGCCUUCUCUCACUCCUCAACCUCUCUCUCUCAACCCCUUCAACUCUCCACCACGCCACAGCCUUAUUCACCCACGCACAAACACCCAAUGCCGCCGCAUGGCCCGUCAUGGUCCGCCGGCUCAGCUUAGACGCCGACCCUUCUCGGGUUUUCGCUUUAUUCAAAGAAAUGCAGAGGCUAAAACGUAAUGACCCAGUUUUUGAUCCUUAUGUGUUUGCUUCUUUGAUCAAGGGUUGUAGCAAAUUAUCCGCUUUUCGGAAAGGGAAGUCUGUGCAUUGCCAAGCUGUUAGGAUCGGUUUGGAUUGUAAUGUGAAUUUGUUGAACAGUUUAGUUAGUUUUUAUUCGUGUUCGAAGAGUUUGGUGGGAUGUGCUUGCAUUGUGUUUGAUAGAAUUCCUCAGAAGACUGUUGUGACAGUAAAUUGUAUGCUUUCUGGUUUUGUGAAGAACAGCUUGUUUGGUGCGGCGUUGGAUUUGUUUAACCGAGUUUUGAGUUGCGAUUUUGGUUUGGGAUUGAAGCCGAAUUAUGUUACUUUGGUUGUUUUGAUUUCAGGGUGUGUGGAUUUUGAUAAGUUUAAUGUGGGAAGGGCACUUCAUUCAUACUGUUAUAAGGCGGGUUUGGAUUUGGUAAACGAGGUUUGUAAUGUGCUUAUUGAUUUGUAUUCGAAGUUUGUGCAUAUAGAUGAAGCUGGAAGGAUGUUCGAUGAGAUGCCUGAGAGGGAUUUGGUUUCAUGGAAUACCAUGAUUGCAGGAUAUGCUGGAGUUGGUGAUUGUAGAAGAGCUUUCUUUUUGUUUAGAGAAAUGAGAGCUGGGGACGUUGGAUUCGAUAGAGUAUCGCUGAUAAGUUUGAUUUUGGCUGCUUGUAAUAGUAGAGAGCUUGGUAUGGUGAAGAUGAUUCAUGGGUAUAUGACAGCUAAUGGAACAAAAAUAACUGUAGCUAUUCGGACAGCACUGAUUAACUUGUACUCCAAAUGUGGACUAAUAGCGUAUGCUAAAAAAGUUUUGGAUGAAGCACCGGAUGACAACAUUGCAUUGUGGAACUCUAUGAUCCAUGGAUUUGUCGAAUGCGGUCAUAAUCAAGAGGCAUUGUGGCUCUUCAGUCAGAUGCAGUCUAAAAAGCUAGAGCCAGAUGAAACAACAAUGAGAGUAGUAAUCGUCAUCAAGGGAGUAUUGUUCUGCACAAUGCUCUUAUAG